AUGGGUGCCAUUCAAACUCUUAUACUCUCUAGAUCAACCAUUAAACCCUCCUCUCCCACUCCCCUUCACCUCCGAACCUUCAAGCUUCCAUUCUUCGGACAGCUCCUUCCUCCAUUCUACAGUGAAAUCAUCUUCUUCUACACACCCACAACCAAAAACAGUGCAGGCAUGUCUGAUACCAUCAAGGAUUCACUGUCUAAAACCCUAACCAUAUUUUACCCACUUGCUGGGAGACUCAAAGAUGCCUGUUCCAUCGACUGUAACGACGAAGGGGCUUAUUUCUUGGAAGCUCGAGUCAACUGCCAAAUCUCUGACGUUCUUCGAGAACCUGAUGCUAAGUUGCUGGGGGGUUUCCUUCCAGUCGAACCCAGAACGUCCGAGAUAUCUGCAGGUUGCAUGCUGCUCGUUCAACAGACAAUUUUUGACUGUGGUGGAAUAGCAAUUGGAAUGUGUUUUCAACACAAGAUGUUUGAUUUAUCCUCCAUGUGCUGCUUUUUCCAAAACUGGACUGCCAUGGCCACUGGAAAUUCCGAUGCAGUAGUGUGCCCAAAAUUCAUCGACGCAUCGUUUAUGCCACCAAGAGAAGGCUUCAUCACCCCCACCACGGGUUACGCAACCACGGAGAAUUAUACAACAAGGAGGUUUGUAUUCGAGGCGUCAAAAAUAGCUGUUCUUAAAGAAAAAACUGCCGGAGAAAAUGAGCAGAACUACCCUACUCGUGUUCAAGCAGUGUCUGCGUUUAUCCUCAAACGCACCAUAGCUGCGGCUCGACUGAAAUCGGGGUCCGAAACACCAACUGUCUAUCUACAGACAGUGGACUUGCGCAGAUGGGUAGACCCACCAUUGCUGAAAAACUCCAUAGCUCAUUUCGUUUGGACACAUCCUGUAAUCAUCGAGGAGAGCGACAUAGAAUUACCAGACUUCGUAAGCAAAAUCAAGGAAAGAUUCACUGAAUUCUGCACAAAAAAGGCGAACAGAUUCAAGGGUGAUGAAGCUUUUCAAGUGAUUCGCGAGUCGCUUGAAGAGUACAGUGAAUUGUUCAAGAGCCCAACUAUUAGUUGUACAAGUUGGUGCAAAUUUCCAUUGUACGAAACGGAUUUUGGAUGGGGAAAACCAACAUGGGUAAGUAGUCCAGGAAAUCAAUUUGGGAACUUAAUUCUAUUGGUAGAUACAAAGUGUGGGACUGGUAUAGAAGCUUGGGUGACCUUGGAUGAAGAAGUGAUGGCCAUCUUGGAACAUGAUGAGGAGCUCCUAGAAGCUGCUUCCUUCAACCCGAGUCCUCUUGAAGAACAAUGUUUAAUCUUCCCAUCUAAAACUGCUUGA